AUGUCCGCCGGUCACGUCACCCCGACCAACCACAAGCCGCCACAUCAGCACCGUCGCCGCCCGGACCAAUCGCUGCGCGCCACCUCACCUGCGCCCGUGCACUCUCUCUCCUCCCCGCCGCCAGGCCCGCCGUGGCCCGGGUUGGGCCCUCCCGGCCUGCGCGCCCGACCGGCCGCCCGCUCCGCCCUGCGCAUCGGUCCGCCGCGCCCGCCCGCCGCCAUGCCUCACCCCGUCGCCGAGCGCCCGCGCUGCGCCGCUUCCUCCUCGCCGCCUUGCGUCGCCGUCCCGCGCCCUCGCGGCGCCGGCGCCCGACAUCGCCUUUGCCGCUCCGCGACCUCGUCGCCCCGCUCGGCCUCCGCCCGAUCCGGUCGAGGGCCGCCGUCGGCGACCUUCUCCGGCCGGAUCUGCUCCUCCGGCGCCGUCCCCGGCCACCUCCGCGUGCCCCCGCCGCCGUCGAACCUCGCCGGAGUCCGCUCCGCACUGGAUCUGGGCGGGUGGAUGAGAUCCACCCGUCCCCCGAUCCAAACGGCCUCUCCGCGCCCCCAGAUCCCCUCGCCCCGCACCAUCUCGUCCACUUUCCCCGAGCUUUUUGUGUGA